AUUAGUUGGAAUUUAGAAUUUUCCUUCAAAUAUUCAACCAUAUCAUAUCAUAGAGAGAGAAACACAGAGAGAGAGAGAUGGCUGAGCUGCAGAAAUCAUUAGCAUCAUUCAGGAGACAAGGUUCAUCAGGAUUGGUUUGGGAUGAUAAAUUCUUGUCUGGUUUGAAUCAGAAUCAACUAGAACAAGAGAGUGCAUCAACUGGUACGUUGGAGAGAAGCAGAUCAGCUGGAGCAAGACCAUAUCGAUCGGUCAACGUUGCACCAACAUCAAUUGACCCACCUUCUCCUAAGGUUGCAACAUGUGGUUUUUGUGGUUUGUUUGGUAAACCAGUUGCUGCUUCUUCAGCACAUAAAUCAAAUAAUCCCAAAUCAAGAAAAAGAAGAUCAUGAUCAUCCUUAAUCUCUUGGUGGUGGUAAUUAUCCAACUUGUAUGUAAAUUAGUUCUUAAAUCUUGAUCAUGUUUUUUAUUAUGUUGUUUAUCCUUUAUUAUAAAUUGUUUGUCUCGGUUUAAAUUGUGUUAUUUUGUUGUUUGGGUGUUAAAUUGUGUAAAUUCGUAGAACAUAUGGAUGUACUAUCUCCGUGUGAAAUAAGGUUUGCUCAAAUUUUGUCUCAAAGAUUUUGGUUUAGAGUUCCAAGCUCAAAUUUUCGUGUGUUGAUAAUUUUCCAAUUAAUCGCAAUUUCAAUAGACCUUUUUACUUUUA